CGUAGGCCUGACAGGAACCCGCGGCGGGCGGGCGGGCGCAGCGAAGGCUUGAGCGCCGGCGCGGGCUGCUGGGCCCGGCACCCUUCCGCCUCCUCGGACAUGGUGGCCCCCGGCUCCGUGACCAGCCGGCUGGGCUCAGUGUUCCCCUUCCUGCUGGUGCUGGUGGACCUGCAGUACGAAGGUGCUGAAUGUGGAGUGAAUGCAGAUGUUGAGAAGCAUCUUGAACUGGGCAAGAAAUUACUCGCAGCUGGGCAGCUGGCCGACGCUUUAUCUCAGUUUCAUGCUGCAGUAGAUGGUGAUCCUGAUAACUAUAUUGCUUACUAUCGGAGAGCUACUGUCUUUUUAGCUAUGGGCAAAUCAAAAGCUGCGCUUCCUGAUUUAACUAAAGUGAUUGAAUUGAAGAUGGAUUUCACUGCAGCAAGAUUACAGAGAGGUCAUUUAUUACUCAAACAAGGAAAACUUGAUGAAGCAGAAGAUGAUUUUAAAAAAGUGCUCAAAUCUAAUCCAAGUGAAAAUGAAGAAAAGGAAGCCCAGUCCCAGCUUACAAAGUCUGAUGAAAUGCAGCGUUUGCGCUCCCAAGUUUUUGAUGCCUUUGAAAAUUCGGACUAUACGGCUGCUAUAACCUUCCUUGAUAAGAUUUUAGAGGUUUGUGUCUGGGAUGCCGAACUACGGGAACUUCGAGCUGAAUGUUUUAUAAGAGAAGGGGAGCCUAGGAAAGCAAUAAGUGACCUAAAAGCUGCAUCAAAAUUAAAGAAUGAUAAUACUGAGGCAUUUUAUAAAAUCAGCACAUUGUACUACCAACUAGGAGACCAUGAACUGUCCCUCAGUGAAGUUCGUGAAUGCCUUAAACUUGAUCAGGAUCAUAAAAAGUGUUUUGCACACUACAAACAAGUCAAGAAACUUAACAAGCUGAUUGAGUCAGCCGAAGAGCUCAUCAAAGAUGGCAGAUACACAGAUGCUACCAGCAAAUAUGAAUCAGUCAUGAAAACGGAGCCCAAUGUUGCUGAAUACACAAUUCGUUCGAAAGAAAGGAUUUGCCACUGCUUUUCUAAGGAUGGGAAGCCUGUUGAGGCAAUUAGAGUAUGUUCUGAAGUUCUACAAACUGAACCCGACAAUGUGAAUGCUCUGAAGGAUCGAGCAGAGGCCUACUUGAUAGAAGAAAUGUACGACGAAGCUAUUCAAGAUUAUGAAACAGCCCAGGAACACAAUGAAAAUGAUCAGCAGAUUCGGGAAGGUUUAGAAAAAGCACAAAGACUACUGAAGCAGUCGCAGAAACGAGAUUAUUAUAAAAUCUUGGGAGUAAAAAGAAAUGCCAAAAAACAAGAAAUCAUUAAGGCAUACAGAAAAUUAGCACUUCAGUGGCACCCAGAUAACUUCCAGAAUGAAGAAGAAAAGAAAAAAGCUGAGAAAAAGUUCAUUGACAUAGCAGCUGCUAAGGAAGUCCUUUCUGACCCAGAAAUGAGAAAGAAGUUUGAUGAUGGAGAAGACCCCCUGGAUGCCGAGAGCCAACAAGGAGGUGGCGGCAACCCUUUCCACAGAAGCUGGAACUCAUGGCAAGGGUUCAAUCCCUUCAGCUCGGGUGGACCAUUCAGAUUCAAAUUCCACUUCAAUUAAACUGUUUUUCUGCUCUUCUUAAUAUUUUUAAAGAUUAAAAACACAGAAACCUUGUUCUGGGAUCCUAAUGAAACAAUUUCACAUAUUUCAGUUUGUCCAUGACCAAAGAAUUGUUUUAAUGAAAAAUCCGUUCUUACCCAUUCAGACUGGUCAAUGGGGUUGCCAAGGCAGGGAGGCAAGGAGUGGUUCUGUCUGUGACAGCAGUCUGUGUACACGGCGUGAGGGUCGGGAAGCGCUGGUUGGUCUGAAGCCGCUCCCCCAGGGAACUGCUGGCACAGCUGGCAUUCUUCCUUGGAGUGUGCCAUUUCUUCUUUGCAGAGCCUUGCACAGCCCAUCGGUGCCUUCACCUGUGACCUUCCUGAGAAUGCGUGGAGGUGCAAUGUUCCUGAAGCGAAGGUGAACCUGCUGAGCUGUCUGUUGUUAGGGACGCCUGUGCUUGGCUUUUGGCACAUGCAGUCAUUUGCACGUGCCUCUGACCACACGUGGGUCCAGUAGGUGGCAGCUGGGUUAUCCAGGUGUAGACUUGAUUUUAAGCAUAUCUACUUAUGUUGGUGUAGUGUCUACAGAAUGCUGAAAAUUACUUAAUUGUUUAAAAAAAAAACUUGUGGGCUCUAGCUUAAUAUUGAUAUCGAGGAAAAUAUGCCAAACAAGCUGAUAAUACUGAAGUAAUAUUGUUGAAACAAAAAUUGAAUUAGUUUUAAGCAACUGAAGUUCUGAGUCGUUAUACAGAUCCCUGUUACAAGACUGGUUUAGGAAUGUAAACUCGCUCAGACAACAAACACAGAAUGUCAUGUUUCACACUAUUAAUAAAACAGAGGGAGCAGCAGCUCCUCUCCUGCACCCAGGCUGACCCCGAGCUGCAGCAACUCCUGGACGGGACAGGCCUCGCGUCCCACCGGAUCCUGCUGCCUCUACAUGUGCCACCUAGAAGAAAAUACGAGCUUAAAAAUAGUGUGUCCCUGCUGUAUUUUCACUGUUGCUUCAUUGAACUGGACAGCAUCUCCUUGAGAUACUUCCUUACCUUUUAACAAGGUAACUAAGAAAUGAACUAUAGUUAGUUUUUGUAUACGGGAUAAUUUUUGCCCUAAAAUGAGUGUUAUGUUGAUCCAGAACUUAAUAUUUAUGGAACUACUGAUGCUGCAUUUAAAAUCUAAGAAUUACUUUAAGAAGUAUAACCUUUUUUCUGGGAAGGUUUGUUUUUGCCUCAAGUCAUUCUGAAACAUUAUAAGCAUUAAAAGGCCUAAUAUAUUGUUUUUAUGAAAUCAAGCAUUUUAAUUCAUUGUGGGAGACUCCUUGAUCAUGAAUGUUUACAACAGCAAAGCACAAAAUCUUUUCUGCUACAGUCACACCCUGAAAUAAGUGUGGAAAAUUUUUAAUUUGGAGGAUAAAAGUCACAUAGUUAAAUUAAGCAAAUAUUUCAGUGUUUUUCACAUUCAUUUAGGGUUCUAUUUUGUACCAACAAAUUUAACACUGCAUUUUGCAGGCUUCAUUUUGUUUUAGUGUCAAUGUUCAAAUCAUUGUGGCAAUUUCUAAGGUAAAUUCAUUUUGUGUGUCCUUUAUACAACUAAGAAAUAAUUAAAGUUAUUUUUUUCUGUUGGGUUCCCUUUGCAUAUGUCAUUGUGACCUCUGAAGUACUCUGCAAGCUUCAAUGAGGCAGAGCAGUGGCGAGGUCCUGUCCGACCCUCCGUCUCGGAGGAAGCUGCCCACCAGCAAGAAGCCCCUGGGAACAAGCAGGUGGGCAGGUCAGAGCUGGGGCCUCGCCCUGGCUGCUCCCCGAGGGUUGCUCCGUUUCUUCCCCUCUUUAUCAUUGCCUCUCAAGUCUUACAGGAACUUAGUCAACCAAAAGGUGGAGAGAAUUAUGGUGCCAAAUGCCAGUUGCUAACUAAGUCUCAGCACGCAGCCAUCGAUCACUUGCUGGUAUCUACCUGAAGGCAGAGCUGGUCAGUGCAUGCUUUCCUUAAACAACCGCUGGGAAGGUCCUGGGUGUGUAAGGGCUUGAGCUGUCAUUCCACUUGUCUGCCUGACCCCAGGAGAUGCUGCGGUGUACAGCAUGUCACUGGAAAAGAAUUCCAUUGUUGGACUGCUUCCACUCUGGGGACUGAAGGUGCCAGGUAACUUUAAUGUCUCAUCUGGGAAAUAUGAGAAUAUUCUAGACCUUUUUUUCCAUUAUAUUCCUUUCUGGUGACUUCUUUCAUGCAGAAUGGUUGGUCUGUAAGUUGUGGAUAUUUUCUACAGUAGCGAGUAAACACAUCAGCCUAUAAACAUAUGAAGUUCUUAAAUCAGGAAACUAAAUGCAUUUUUGUCAUGAAUAGAAAAUUUGAAAAUUUUAGUUCACUGAUGUGAUUUGGAUUACAACAUUAAACAUGCCUUCAGUGGUACAAUUGUUAACUAUUAAAAAGCAGACAUUUUUGGAGCUCUGAUGAAAUCUUAAAUUACCCAUAGCCUUUUUAUGGAAAAAAUCAAUAGAAUUACAAGUAUAGUGGGCAUCAUUUUCCACUCAUGGUGUAUAAGAAUUAUACCGUUCAAGGCAGGAAGUUGGUUUGGUUUAUAUUUGAUAUUUAUACAGGGGGCCCCUCGCUGGCUGCUGCCUCGCUGCCGCCGGGCCCUGGGCCUUGUUCACGUGAGUGGACAUCACUGGGCUAACCUGGGAAACACACAACUAGGUUUCCAUUUUUCUAAUGCAAGGAGGCAGGCAGAGGCUAAUUUGUCAUUCCUCUGUUAGUGGCAGAGUUCAUUCUGUACUUUCAAAUGAGGCUAGGUAAGGAUAAAUUUUUCUUUAACAGAUCUCAUUUACUGAAUGAUUCAAGAAGUAAAACUAGCCACCACGUGGCUUUCUGUGUAGCAAUAGGAUUGUCUCAUGUGGUUGAAACACUGACCUGAAGUGGAAAGCAGAGCUUGGAAGAGAUGGCAGCUGGAAAGUUUGAGAAGUGAAAUUACUGCUCUAUAGUUUGUUUUGAAUAAGACCAAGGAAUUUAAUCACAAUUUACUAUUUUAAUAAAAGAAUUAUUUGAAAAAGGGAACAGACAUGUCUACAAAGGGUACUAUUUUUAUUCCUGUGUAUUUUCACAUGUAAUAAAAAUAUUUAU